GACACUGAUCAUGAAAUCCUGGGAGACUUAGAGGAGACUACUAACCUCCUGAAAGAACAGCGCCAAGCAAGCGAUGUGGAGGUGGCGCCGAAAAAGAAAUUGCUUUACCGGAUGUACUCGUUUGGACGACAAGUCAGUACCCAGAAUCCGGACGACGUGACCCGAGUUUUGGCCAGUUCCAUAAAGGGCGGUCGAUUUUACCACGGCGAGAGGAAGACAGCUCCAACGAAACACAGCUUGCACACUAUUGAAGAGGUUGAACGUCGCAACAUCACAAUCGUCGGCUUCUCUCCGUCGGACCACCGCAGAAAGGACUACCAUCUGGUGGACUCGUUGACAAGGCUGCCGCAAAUACCGACAACCGAGGUUACUAGACACCGCAGAACGCCGGAGGCGCCGACAAGCGCAACUCAACGUCUGGCUUUGAAACCCGAUUCAAGACCGAAGCCGACGCUAUGGAAACGCUACACAUUUUCCGACAAUGUCGAUGUUGUUGAAGCCCCACGUCAUUACAAAGACACCGCCGCAUACCGAAAGGGUAGAACUCCCCACGUGGCAUCGCACGGCUACCCUCUCACCGAGGAGGAGAUUCAGGCGGUGGAAAAGUUCGUCCCGACGCUUACGCGUCAGCCCAAGGUUACCUGCGAACCGUACAAGGCCAUGAGAACUCGACUGACGUCGUCUGUCAGAAAAACCACCACCACCACCACCGCCACGACCACAACCAGCGCUGCUACCACGACGACAAAAGCCACCACAAUGAAUACAGGUGGGACACAACAGAAAUCCAGUACCGUGGACCAGGACAUAGCUAGUGCUCUCUUCAAAGACGCCAGCGCAAUGCGCUUCCUGAGGCGCAACCCCGGCGCGGUUUUGGAACAGCUGAGACAGAACCUGCGACCUGGCACACUCGCGCAGUUACUGGACGAUGUGAUGCACGACGCGGUGGGCAAGAAAUCGAGGAAGAUUUUCAUCCAGGCCUUGCAAAGAGCCGCCGAUGGAGAGAAGGAGUCGAACAGGCUGUUCAAAAAGUCUCCACGGGUGGUGCAAACCCCAAGUUUCGGUGGAAAACCCGUGUGCCGUCCGUCCAAUGUUCCAUCGCAGGACUGGCAACGACUCGCGAAGUCGCAGGCCACCGUGCACGAAAAGAUGUCCACAUCGGGCGGCGAGAAACCCCAUUGUAGAGCUCACGAGCUCAGUCGUAACGGCUACGGACGUGUCGCACAAGGCUACGGCAACUACUUCUCCCGUCUCAAUAUCCUGGAGCACGUGCAAAGGGCCGACCACAUACGAGAAGUCCUAAUGAAUCUUGUUAAUGUUUUAGCCCACGAACGAAUACAGAACUCAAUUUCAGAAUGGAGUGUUGUUCCGCCCGACGUGCAGCUGUCAGUUCAGAGGCUUUACUUUUCAGAAGACGAAGAAGCCGUGACGACUCUGCAACUAGAACUUCACGAUAUUGUUUGUGUAACUCAUAUAUGUGGGCAUUUGUAUCCGCUUCGGGAUUUCCAGAUGGUCUCCUGA